AUGUAUGCCGAGGCCACCUCCAUCGUCUUCUCUUUCCACGAGUGCGGAGCUGAGAUGGAGCGGAAAGGCGGGAAGAGCGGGACGGCUGUGCACGAAGCCAAAUCGCUCAUCGGCAACGUUACACCCGCUCUUCGAGACCACGAGCCCGAUCUCAGGCUCUCAGCAGCACCGGUCGCCCGGCAUGACAACCCCCGCGUCUUCGUCAUCCGCCACGGCGAGACGGAGUGGUCCCUCAAUGGCCGCCACACGGGCAGCACCGACAUCCCCUUGACUGCCAACGGCGAAAGGCGUGUGCGCGCCACCGGCCGCGCUCUCGUGGGCAGCGACCGGCUCAUCGUGCCCAAGAGAAUCUCUCACAUGCGUGCUCAGCGCACCUUUGAGCUCUUGAACCUCGGCAUUAGCGACGACCUCCCCUGGAAGUGUCAUGGCGAUAUCGACGGCGACGGGCCUUAUUGCAACGCCCACGUCGAGGUAACUGAGGAUAUCCGCGAGUGGGACUACGGUAACUACGAGGGCAUCACGUCCCCCGAGAUCCGCCGCAUCCGCAAGGAGCAGGGCCUCGGCGAGAACUGGGAUAUUUGGCGCGAUGGCUGCCCCGGCGGAGAGAGCCCUCAAGACGUCACUGACCGUUUGGACCGCUUGAUCAAGGACAUCCGCGAAAGGUGGCACAAGCCCGUCAUUGGCAACAAGGAUGCGCCCAAUGGCGACGUUCUCAUCGUCGCCCACGGCCACAUCCUUCGCGCCUUUGCCAUGCGCUGGGCCGGCAAGACACUCCAGGACGGCCCGGCGUUCCUGCUGGAAGCCGGCGGUGUCGGCACUCUGAGCAUUGAGGAGCCCGCCAUCUUGCUGGGAGGCGCUUUCGCCGUCGACAUCAUCGAGAAGGAGCAGCAAGCGAAGGAGGCACAAGAGGCACAACAGGCCCAAAAGUAA